AUGAUUUCCGAUACAAUAUCCUCAUAUCCCUCACCUGCUACGCCGAUAUUAAAGUCGAUUGUAUUGGGUGCAGGAAAUCGGGAAUUUGCUCACGAGAUUGUAAAACAGGCUCUCAUGCUACCAGCUGGCAGUCCGUUAUACAAAGAUAUAGUUAGGGGUGCUGUUCACAUUGUAGGAGUCUGGAUAUUAAGUGGGGAAGAAGAGAGACCAGUUUUUCUUCGUAAAUCACCACCACCUCCUCAACCAAUAUGUUCUGCAAAUUCUGCGUUCACUUCUUCUAUAUUUGCUUCAUCAUCUCACACAUCUUUAACAUCUCCAGAAUGUCAAAGUGAACCAUCAUAUACAUCGGUUAACACCCCAUUGUCAGCUACUUCUUUAAGUACAACAUUUGCUAAUGCGAAUGUUUACCUUCGUAGAUAUAUUGUGUUAUUAACACUUGUUUUCGAAGAUCAUUCUUCCCUGACUAUCGAUGGAGGAAUGGCAAAUGUCGAAGUGGAAGCACAAGUGUCGAUUUAUCGUGAUGUGUUGGCAUUAUACCGUUCAAUGAUGGCAGAGGGUCCAAUUGAAUUAGAGCCAGCUACGUGGGAGACGUUGCUUUCAUCACUUUUGGACAUACAAGAGAGGACUAUGAAUCAAUCUGAGAAAUAUGCACCAAUAUCUACGGUUGCGUUGGCUAAUGACUUUGCUGAUUAUUUAGUUGAAACUGUAUUAUACGCAUUUGCCCGGUCAAAAACUCAACAAAUUACAUUAUGGCGUGCACUGACAAACCGUAUGAGUAUUAGUUUGGGAUGGUCGCAGACUAUAUCACAAUGGGCGAAAAUUAUGUUAAGAAUGACAAAGAUACUAUCAAAAAAUAUUUAUAAUGUAGACCUUGACGCUGUAGAAUUAAACCGUCGUCUUUUAGAACUAACAACUCCAGAAAGACAUUUCCAUAGACGACGUCCUUCGAAGAAUACUCGCACACGACAUUUAUCGUUACGCAGUGCAUCUCGGCAUAAAUCUUCGGGCAGUAAUUCGUCGCGUGAGGAAAUGAUGGGUACCGAUUUUUCAGUUUUUGUUAAGACAGCAAAUGAGAAUCGUAAAUCAGGUCGUAGACCCAUGAGUAUGCAUCAAGAAAUUGGCUCAUUUGAAUCAAAGUCACAAGCCCUAUUGAAUAUUGGGGCAACAGUAUUUAGUGGUGGUGGAUCAUCCAUUCAUUCUGGAAGUGUUGCAUCUGAUGAGGAGGAUCAAUGUUACGACGAGGAUGAUUAUUUUGAUGCUAAUAGCGAAAUAGCUGCGGAUGACGCAGCAGAAGUGAGGUCAAAUCGAACAUCAUCAUCAUCGGUGUUUUUUGCUCAGCCUAAUUUUAGCAGUGAUAGGCUUUCGAUAUCAUUAGCUAAUUUCAGGUGUCCAGAUUUUGUUAAUAUUGAAAUGUUAUUUUGGAAUACAGAAGAUGCACUGUUAGUAUGGAAGAAUUUGCUUUGUGCAUUAGGAAAUUUGAAUUAUAUUCAGAUUCCACCAAAUCAUUCCGAAGCGAUUAAAUGUAUAGUUGAUAUUUUAGAUAUGCUUAUUUUGAUCCGAAAUAAUCAAUAUGGAAAUGUUUCGAUACCCUUACUUUGUGAUUUUGCACCUUGGCUAUUCGAAGCUUGCGAUUUACCUUUGGCAUUCGCACGAGGACGUGCGCUCGCGUAUGCUGGAUUGUGCAAAUUGAUGUCAUGUCGUCACGAUAAAGACUUUGAUGAGAAAUAUUAUUCUCAUUUUUAUCGUGCUUUAUUAAAAGGACUAUCAGAUCAAGAUUUGUUAAUAACUCUCGCAAUUAUUAAUAAUUCUACGAGAUUAUUUUCUCAAAAUCUUCCUGGUUGCAAUAUUCUUUAUCGUAGUCUAAUUGUCACUAUCAGGAAUUUGUUAUCAAAGCAUCACGAUCAUAUUACGGAUGGGAUAUCACAAAAUGCAAUUACUAUACUUUGUUCACUAGUUUGUAUUGUAGAUCAGUUACCUUCUUUGAAGGUACCUAAUUUAUCUUAUGAAAAUCUAACCAAGAUGAACGAGGAAAGUUUGAAUGUAUUAAAAUUUGGUCAAAAUGAUGGUAUAAAAUUCUCCGAGUUGAGAUUAAUGUUGCAAGAAACCUUAGUAAGAUCACUUUCAAAUGAGGAAACAAUUAACAAUUAUGAAACACAUAAUAUGUUGCUAUAUGGAUUAUGUACUCUUUCAUUUGAUGAACUUACAACAACACCUUGGUCGGAUAAAAUAGUUAUCAAAGGUUGUUUUCAAGCUUUAUUGGAACAGCUAUAUUGGAGUCAUUUACCAGUUGUUACUGCUGCAGCAGAUUGCCUAAUAACUUUUGCACAGAAUUCUUCAUUGUGGUGUGAAGAUGAAGAGAUAUAUUUUAUGAUUCUGCAAGACGUAUUCGGAAAUUUGAUUGGAGCUUUGAAUGAACAUAUUGCAUUACAAAAAGCAUCACACAGAAAUGGAAGAGGAUUUAUAAUAGCCAAAAUAUUUUAUUGCCUUCUUGAAUGGCUAAUGAUUAUCCCUUCAAAUCUUUUUACGGACACAGAAUUAUGUCAACUUGUAUUUGAUUCAAUUGAAAUGGCUUGUGACAUUUCAAAUUCGGAAUCAAAUAAACAUCAGAAAAAAGAAUUUCCAAGAUCAUCACAUAAUAGUAAAAGUAACCGUUCAAAUCAUGGUUAUCCAAUAAAAUUUAAAAAAUCAGAGAGGAAAAUUCCCGUUAAUCGUGAGGUGGGGGAUGAUAAUGUUUUUGGAGUCGACAACUCUGUAGAGGAUGUAAACUUUGUUAAGGACAUCGCAGAAUUUGUUUUGUUACAUUUAACACACCACUUGGGUAAUUUUUCACCAAUACACGGACCAGGUAUGAUGCAUAGUACGCUGGUAGGACCUAUUGGAGCUGACACAAAAGAUGAUGAACUUUCAAAUAAUUAUCAUUAUUUUUCAUUUAAUGAUACAGCAAUAAUAACAUUAGUUGAAAUACCAGGGAAAAGUUCAUCAGGAAAAUAUUCAUGGGAUUCUAAAUUAUUUUAUGAAAAUAAACCUUUCUUUACUAGAAAUAAUUUAAUAAAACCUAACAAUACAGUAUGUGAAAAUAUAAUUUUCAAACCGGAUAUUAAACUGGUACCUAAUUCUUCAAGAGCUAAUUCAACAACUUCGUUGAGGACGAAAGCGCAAAAUAGAUCUAGUAAAAUUUUCGAAGGUAAAAAUGGAUUACCUGUAUUGACGGAAAUUCGUCAAUCCGAACGUACUAACAUGUUGGAUAAUAUACUUCAAUAUAUUGGCGAACAAGUGACGAAUUCGCAAUCUGAAACAUCCAAUCAAAUGUAUCCAAAAAGAUCAAAAGAGUUAUUGUCGAUUGAAAAAGAACUGGAUAGACAUAUCCAAGAAGAAAUUCUUUAUGACAAGGCUACAGAUAUUCAAGCACAAUCUUGGUAUGAAAAUGAUAUUUCGUUAAGAAAUAGCACAUUACAAGACGAUAAAAUUAAUAGACUCUCAAGAAAUCCAUUAUAUUCACGAUCAACAUCAUAUUUUUCACUUGGAGCAGAUUUUUCAUUAUCAAAAUCAUUUUUACCUGCUUUGCCACCAGUAGCCGAAAAACAUUUAGAACCAUAUCAACAAUGUAGAUUAUUUUUAAGUCACUUUGGAUGGUUAACACCUGAAUCUUUAAAUGAUGGUACAAUAUGUGUAUUAAAUAAAGGAAAUACGUUAUUUAGGGAUAUUAGAUUAUUAGAUAAAAGACAUGCAAGAGAAGUUUUUAAAUUUGCUUUGUUAUAUGUUGGGCCAGGCCAAGAAGAUGAACAAAGUAUUUUACGUAAUACAAAUGGAAGUGAAGAAUAUAAUGAAUUUGUGCAAAGUCUUGGAUGGGAAAUUGAUUUAACUACUCAUCCUGGUUAUCUUGGUGGAUUAGAAAGGAAUGCUUCAAAUGGAUUAACCGCUAUUUAUUAUUGUACCUCAACUAUUGAAAUUAUAUUCCAUGAUGUAACCAAGAUGCCAACUGAUCCAAUUGACCCAAAACAAUUAAGAAAGAAACGACAUAUAGGAAAUGAUCAUGUACAUAUUAUAUGGAAUGAGCAUUUUAGAGAUUAUCGUAAAGGUACAAUAGGAGGAGAUUUUGGAAAUGCACAAAUAGUAAUAUCACCCUUACCAAAUGGAUUAUAUAAUGUUGAUAUUUAUAGAGAUUCAAAAAUACCACCAUUUGGACCAUUAUUACAUGGUAUGAUAAUAUCACGUAGUGUAUUAGGGCCAUUGGUUAGAAUGACUGCAAUACAAGCAUAUAGAAAUAGUUUACAUAUUAAUAGUAUUAAUAAUUCAAAUGUUUAUCAACAUCCUUAUAUGGAAAGAGCUGCUGAUAUUCAAAUGAUUAUGAGUAGACACAAAAAAAAUAAUUGUAGUUCUUUUGAAUCUUUUAUGACUAAAAUAUUUGUUAGUGAAGAUUUACCUGUAUAA